GGAAACGAGUCAGUUAUGUAGCUUGUUUCACCUGCUGGUAAGGCUCGUUUUUAUCGUUGUUUUGACCCACCAUGGCGUCUCUGAAAUCCCUGCUGGCUUAUUCCAGCAGGCUUCUUCCGACAUUUUGGAAGCAGACUCCUGUCACUAACAUCAAGAGGACUUUCUUCCUCCCAGCACUCUUCAGACGCGCAGACGGCAGGUUUAUUAUCUUUGGUCGACGGUGCAGUUCUGCAGCAGCCAAUGCAGAGAAGAGCGAGGACUCCUUCCUCAAGUGGUUCCUGCUGCUCAUCCCUGCAACCACCUUUGGCCUUGGUACCUGGCAGGUGAAAAGGCAUCAGUGGAAGCUGGGACUAAUCGAUGAGCUAAAACGUCUGACCACAGCAGAGCCUGUUCCCCUUCCUCCUGAUCCUGUUGAAGUGAACAAACUAGAGUACAGAAGGGUGAAAGUUCGCGGGCACUACGAUCACUCUCAGGAGCUGUACAUCAUGCCCCGCUCACCCGUCGACCCGGAAAAAGAGGCCAGAGAGGCAGGCAGCCUGUCCUCGAGUGGAGAAAUUGGAGCCAAUGUAAUCACGCCAUUUCACUGCUCUGACCUUGGCAUCAAAAUCCUGGUCAACAGAGGAUACGUACCAAAGCAGAAAAUACAACCAGAGACCAGAACGAAAGGGCAGGUGGUGGAUGAGGUGGAAGUGUUGGGGGUCGUCAGGCUGACAGAAACACGUAAACCUUUUGUACCGAACAACGACGAAGAGAGAAACCGCUGGUAUUACCGUGACCUGGAGGCCAUGUCUCGCAUCACUGGAGCUGCUCCCAUCUUCAUCGAUGCUGACUUCAAGAGCACGAUUCCAGGGGGACCAGUCGGGGGACAGACCCGGGUCACACUGAGAAAUGAACACGUGCAAUACAUCAUAACUUGGUAUGGUUUGUGUGCAGCUACGUCCUACAUGUGGUACGCCAAGUUCAUCAGGAAGAUAAAAAUUUAAUCAUGUAUUGCUGAGACUGAUGUCGACUCUUCUAUGUAUCACUGCUUUAUUGUCUGUACAUCCAAAAAAUAAAAAGUAUACAAUCA